GCCGUACCUGAACUCCUCAGCAGUAGUUGGCUGGAAGGGAUGAAGCUGCGACGCUGGUGUUGUUUUCUCCGCCACACAUUCACAUAAACUGUCGACCGAGCCGUAACGACGUGAGCUACGCGCAGCCUUGUGCACGGGAAGCCACCCGGAACGGACUACCACAACACGAGCGCGGCUUUGUGUGAGCCGUUUCCUCGAGGGGAAGAACAACAACACAUCAGCUGCCUCACGCUCGCUCGUGGAGAAAGCGCGCGCGGGGAUGUUCGCGCGGGUACUCUGGGAGAAACGCGCGCGCUUAAUGAUAAGUAUUCCGACAAACUAGCUAAUUAACCAGUAAUUACAUAAGUGGUAGUUAAACAGUCGGCGUGGCUCGCGUGUCUGCGAGGAGUCUAAAAUUAGAGCAGCGCGGUGCCAACAGAGGACAUGUUAGUGUUUAUUCGUUAGGACUUUUUCGUCUUUUCAUCAACGCACCUUGGAUUUCUGUCGCUAUCACAAAGCAAGCGUGGAGCCGAGGACGAGGUCCAAACCCUUCAAGGAAGACCUGAAUCGGAGACAGAGAUGACCCUAGUUUUGUCCAUGAAUCCUUUCCUGGACCCAGAAGGAGACCCUCCACUCACCACAUACCAGCCUAUAUGGGAGUCGGAGCGCUGCACUAAGACCUGCCUGUCAAACACAGCGCCACCAUGCGGCUCUGCAGAGCAAUUCACGCAAGAAGCACCCUGCAGGCGAGUUCCUGAUCAUGUUUCAGUAUCAAGGAUUGCAUACUUCAAGAGGAAGUUUGUUGAUGAUGAUGAUGAGCCUCGAUUCAGCUUCAGGACGUACUGCCAAACUGUUGCACCAGUCUUGGAGGAGCGUGCCCAUGUGCUGCGCCUCUCCCUGGAGAAGAUGCGGUUCAUCGACGACCCCGAGGCCUUCCUCCGCCGCUCCGUCCUCGUUAACAACCUCCUUCGGCGCUUGCGAGCAGAGAUUAUUCUCCAGAGCACCGAGUGGUGCUUCCCACCCAACCCAGCAUUCACCACUGGCCCCUGCGUCCCGGCGCCUGGUGCUAACCCUGCUAACCAGGCACUCCACGGAGCAUCACCCACCCGGAUCUGCAUGGCACCCCAAGCCGGCCCGCCCUUUCGUAAGCGCUUCCGAAUGGUCCGCGGAGGACAGGGGGAUCUACGCCCUGACUGUGCUCAGACAUGUUGCUGCAUCUACGCAGCAGCAGCCGCUGCAGGACACUACCUCCACCUCCCGUUCUCCAUGUAUGAUGCAGCGCUCUCAGCCUGCCCGUCCACACCACACUCUUCCUCCUUUUUUCAGCUAGCGAGCCAUAGUAAGUUAGGGCUGACAGUGGCCAUAGAAGAGCAUGAAGAUGAGGAUGAAGAUGUUGAGGAGGAGGAGGAGGAGGAGGAAAAUGAAGAGGAAGAGGAAGAGAGAGAAGAGGAGGAAGAGGAGGAGGAGGAGGAGGAGGAAGAAGAAGAAGAGGAUGAUGAUGAUAGAAGAGAAGCUGGGUCUUCCCUUGAUGUUAAGGAAAAGUCAAGCCAGAAAAGUAGGACUAGGACCUUGCUGGGUCACACAAGGACAGAGGAGGACAGCUGUAUGACAGAUAGGGUAGAAAAAGAAGAGGAGGAGGGAGAGCUGGAGGAGGAAGAGGAGGAAGAGGGGCAGGAUGUGAGACCUUGUCAGUGGGACUCUAAUGCCACAGAAAGGGUGCUCCCCAAGGUCCGCUUUUGGCACCGCAGGGCUCAGAGACAAUGAUUGUGCUUUUCGAGAAAUUACUUUACAUUUUAAGUCUGUUAGAAUAAAAAUGUAAAGAUGACGACAGCUGUCAUCAGUUGAAGAAUAUUUCUCCUCAUAGCAGAUGAAGGUGUGAGCUACCUACACUAUAGUAAUGCCAAGUCAGCUUUAUUUGAAUGAUACACUCCAGGGUCGCACACAGACAAACUAUAUUCAACUCUCGUGCUAAUGUCAUAGUCGAAUGAAAAAGAAAAUACGCAGCCGGUUGUCGGCCACUGUUGGCACUGGAACAUUUUCUCAUACCAUUAUGUGGGCGAAGGUCACAUAUGGUGGGAUCAUAAAUCCCCAAAAAAGUGAAGUGAAGGGUCUCCAAGACCCUUUUCAAGCCCCACAGCACAAAACUAAAAGGUCUCAAGUGGGGCUUCAUAUUGGUGCACCGGUCUCAUUUUAGGACCCUAAACAAGCGUGUGAAAUGAAGGGGUUGCGGGUUCGGGAAGUGUGUGCUUCUGUGCGUGUGUGUGUGUGUGUGUGUGCUUCUGUGCGUGUGUGUGUGUGUGUGUGCGCGUGUUUGCAAGAUAUGAUGUAGCAGUUUGAAACCUGAUUUUAAGCAAUUCUUUUUGUGUUCCUGUUGAUUUCGACGCUGUCUCAGGCUAUGGCGAUGCGACUGUGCUGCAGUGGCGGCGCCAUGUGUAUCCAAAUCAUGCUCGGAGACAACAAUCGUAAACAUUGGAAAUAUUAAAUCACAAGUUCAAGUGCCUUAGUGUUUUUAUGGAUACAUGUAAAGUGUGUGUUAUUGUAAUUGUGACUGCGUUUGACUGAAAUGGGACACGGCAUGUAGUUAAAUGCAGGGGUUCUUUCAAAUGACGAGGGAAGUUCAAAGCAAACUAAAUUUCCACACCCAAAAUGUGUUCCGUUUGUUUUUUGUUCUCAAAAAUGCAUGUUUUCUAGCACUACCUGUCGUGACAAUGCACACACACUUAAAGCCAACUUUCAACGGCAGUUGCAACAGUCUUAACAACAAAAAAGGCUAUUGGCGCUCAAACCCUCCUCCACAUUUGUUACGUUCAAACAGAAAAGGCUCGUUGUGGUUUGGUUGGUCUGUCCGUUGAUGCGGUUUAACCAAAAGGAGUGUUUAAGUCUGUCUGAAGCAUUGUGUCAUCAAAUCUAAACCACCUUCAUCACAGGUCUGCAUGCAGGCUUUCUAUCACAUGACAGUGAUAUCGACUUCCUCUCGUCUGUCAACGUGAAAGGAACAUACAUGUAUUUUACUCCUAUCACAGUAUGACCCACCUCAUUUCUGAACAUCUGGAAUCGAGCGUGAUGGAAUUAAAUCACGGCGGUUGCUGAACAUUAAACAUUGUACCUAUUACGGUAUAAAUUAUGAGUAUGUUGUAGACUCCAUAUAUGUAAAUCACAUAUACACAGGGGCUGACAGAUCAUUCCUUUUCUAUCUAACUUGACUAAUAGAAACCAGUCAAGGACAGACGCAAUACAGAACCAGUUCUAAUCGACAGCCUUUCUGUCAUGUUGGCAUGAUCAGUGGUUUCUUGUUUGUUGGCGUGUCUCUUUUGGCACCUCUGAAGAAUCGGGUCCUCACACUGAUGGCAAACCCAAACCAAAGUUGUUUAAAAAUGUACGGAUUAUAUCAGUCAGUGUUUUGUUUGUUGUGUGACGUACCUUGAACCUGAGGUACGAGCAUUGGAUGGUCUCAGUCGGUUUGUAAGGUGGAAUUAUUCCUGCCAUGGCACUUGUCCUAUCUCUUUUUUUCCCCCGGAUGUUUCAAAUAACAACUGUGCAUCCCUAAGACUGUUUUGACAACAGUGACACAUCUACAACUAGACAAGUCGAGUACCAGCCUAUUUCAUUUAAUUUCUCAAAGCCCUAAAUAAUAAUUAAAAAAACCAGUAGUCACUGGUUAUCGGUGGUAUUUUUUUGAAGAUUUAAAAAAAAAAAAAAGAAGAAGAAAAACCG